GGAGACAAAAGCAAAACAAAUAAUUUUUUCCUUAAACUAUUUAACGAUUCCAUUUUUAUUUUUAUUAUAAAUUUGAAGGUAUUUAAGUGGGUUUUGCAUUUCGAGGGAUAAAAAGGGUGCAGUAGUUUGCAAGCAAACAAAAAAUUAUCGACAGAAAUUGUAAAUUAGAUGUUAAUGUAGAGAAGAAAUUAAAAAAAAAAUAUUAAAAAAAAACUAUUGAAAGAUACUAAGUUUUGUGAAUUAUUAAACAAUUCAGCGCAAAAACAAGAAAUAAAAAUAUCGAAUGUGAUAAUAGCCAACAGUUUUGUCGUAAUUUGGUUACAAAAGUCAGAAAAUAAGCAAUUAUAAGGCAAUUCCGAUAGUCAGUGGAGGAUUAAUACUAAGUGCAGUAAUGAGUAGCGUUAAUGCUGAAUCCGAGCAAGCUACAACAAGUCAAAAUGUGAAGACUGAUAAAAAUACCACACGCAGAGAUAAUGGUUGGCUUUCGUAUGUCGUUCCCAAUAUGCAGAGAAAAAUAACUAAACUGAACUACGACUUAUUGGAAGAGUGCAAACAGUGUAAUGAGGACUCAGCAUUAUCUAAGCCAAUACGUGAUGAACUAGAAAGCCACUCACGUGAUAUACGUCGAGAAGUUGUGAAAAAGAUGCGAAAUGGAUGUGCUCCUCUUUUCAUUGCAUGCAAACGUGGUUGUGUGCCAAUUGUGGAAUAUUUGGUUACUAUAUGCGAGGCCGAUAUUGAACAACGUGGUCUAUAUGAAGUACCGGAAGAUCAUACAUUUCAUUAUGUUACACCCCUAUGGUGUGCUGUAGUCUCUGGAAAAUUGCCGAUGGUAAAAUAUUUAAUCCGCAUUGGCUGUGAUAUUAAUGCCACCUCGGAUUCAGGCUCAACACCAGUACGUAGCGCCUGCUAUAUGACUCAUAUCGAAAUCGUACAAUAUUUGGUCGAGUCUGGUGCCGACAUAAAGAAGCCUAACAUGAAUGGAGGCACUUGUCUGAUAAACUCCGUACAAUCAACACAAUUAUGUUUAUACCUAAUUGAAAAAGGAGCUGAUGUCAAUGCUAAAGAUAUACAAGAAAAGACUGCCCUACAUUAUGCCAUACAAGAACACAGAUUAGAAACCACUAAACUACUAAUAAAGCAUGGUGCGAAUCCAUAUGUAAAGAGUCGUUAUGGCGAUGAUGCUUUGCGCACCGCUUGCAUUAAAGGGGCAAACCAAAUUUUUGAUUAUUUAAAAACACACUUGGAAUACUCACCCGAACGUGUUGCCGAGGCUCAUGAGUUGAUCGGCUCCACAUUUUUGGAUGAACAUAAUGAGACCAGAAUCGCGAUACUACAUUGGCGCAUGGCAUAUCAUAUACGUGCCUCUCAUACACCCUACCUCGAAAAACAACCGAGGGUGCCAUUACGUCGUGCCUAUGGAAACGCCGUUGAAUUCACAACUCUUGCAGAGCUUGAUAGCAUUGCCACGGACGUAGAUGCAAUGCGUAUUCAAAGUUUGCUGAUAUGUGAACGUAUAUUGGGCUUAGCGCACAAAGAUACGCUUUUUCGUUUGACUUUUCGCGGAGCUUCGUAUGCUGAUUCACUUCAGCUACAACGUUGCAUCGAUUUAUGGUGUCUUUUAUUAGAAGUGCGUGUAAAGAACUGUUCUAUCCUCCAUUUUGAUACUUGUUAUGCAGCCCAAACAUUGGUACGCCUAAUGAUCGAUUUGUAUGAGCGUCAAAUGCGUAACAGAAAUCAACAGCCCAAUGAAUUACCACCAGAAAAUUUACCACGUUUUGAGGAUGUAUACGGAGUAUUUCGUCUACUCACGGAUACCAUCGUCGAGGCACAAGAAUUGCUGCAGAUUCGUCCUGUCUAUCGUAAACAGCAAGAAAACUUCGAUCGCAUAUUAAAGUGUAUAGCACAUCUAAUUUACUUAUUAAUAAGUACAUCGGAAACGUUUGAGCAAAAGAAGUCCGUUUUUUGGGCUGUGCGCACUUUGGCGCGUGCGAAUGUGCGUAGUGCGUGCACUAGUGAUACUCUGUUGCAUUUGUGCGUUUCGCAACUGAAUGUCAUAAAGAGUGGUUAUCUGAGCGAUGAUAAUGAUAUAACCUUUGUGUUUCCAAAUGCGAAAGUAAUUAAAUUACUGGUCGAUUGUGGUAUGAAUGUAAAUGCUAAAAACGAGGCCAAAUCAACUCCGUUACAUGUUGCUGUGCAGCCUUACAAUUAUAGCAAUCACAUUAUACUAUUGUUGUUGAAACAUGGUGCUGAUUUGGAUCAACCGAAUAAAUCAGAUGAGCGGCCAUACAAUUUGAUUGUUAGUAAUCCCUACAAUAAAAUACCGUUGAUGAAGUACAUGAAUCUCAAGUGCUUAGCUGCUACGAUAAUAAGCAAAUAUAAAAUCCCAUAUAGCAAUCAAAUACCAAAAAUGCUCGAGGAUUUCGUCAAACAACAUGAAUAUUAAAAGUAUAUAAUAUAUACAUGCCAAAGCCAAA